AAUCAAAUCCAUUCAAAAGUGAUGGAAAACUUUAUUCUUCUUCAUACACAAACGCCUAUGAAGGUAUAGAUUCUUCAUAUGAUCCUAGACCAAGUGUUGAUAUUUUUGUGACAAACGGGCAG